GCCGGCGGCGGCGCUCCGCGUGACGUCACGCCGGGAGGAGGCGGCGAUUGGCCGGCGCGACCUGGCGCCAAUACGUGUCUGUCCGCGAUUGGCCCAUGGCGGAGCCGCGGCGGGUGCGGCGGUACCGUUUCCAGGAGGGUCCGGCGGCGCUGGCCGUGGACGUGCCCGAGGUGCUGGACUCGCAGUACGGCACGUACGUGUGGCCCUGCGCCGUGGUCUUGGCCCAAUACCUGUGGGUGCACAGGCGGAGCCUGCCCGGCAAGCGAGUGCUGGAGAUCGGUGCCGGUGUGAGUCUCCCCGGUGUGGUGGCCGCCAGGUGCGGCGCCCAGGUGAUCCUGUCGGACAGCGAGGAGCUGCUCCAGUGCCUGCAGAGCUGCCGCAGCAGCUGCCUCAUGAACUGCCUGCCCCACGUGCCCGUCCUCGGCCUCACCUGGGGCCGCGUGUCGCCAGAGCUGCUCUCUCUUGCACCCAUAGACAUUAUUUUAGGCUCAGAUGUCUUUUUUGACCCCAAAGACUUUGAAGAUAUUUUAACUACAAUUUACUUCUUGCUGGAGAAGAACCCACAUGCUCAAUUCUGGACAACUUACCAAGUCCGAAGUGCUGACUGGUCUAUCGAGGCUCUGCUCUACAAAUGGAACCUGAAGAGCAUCCACGUUCCCCUGCAUUCCUUUGGAGCAGACAAAGAGCACUUGGCCAGCUCCUCUAUGCCAGGAAGACACACAAUUGAAAUGAUGAUCAUCUCACUAGCACAGUCAGAGGGCACUUCACUUUAUUCCACUUUAGAUUUCAGUACAAGGUGAUACUCAGCUGUUCACUGUAGCACAGAGCUGCAGAGGACAGUCCUGGUUACAGCAAACCUCAUGGAUAUUUUGGGGAAGCAGCAAUUCUUAAAACAUGCAUUAUAAAAAUAAAGCUGUUUGGUUUUCCA